UACACAUAGACCAUAUAUAUACACGCCAUUUGCUUUCAAUCCCACUCUCGCGCAGACAAAGGAACACCAAAAUGGCUGAAACUGAAAAUACUGAUUUUCAAGCGAAAGCCGCGGAUUUGCUGAGCCAAUUCGAACGAAUUUUACAAUCUGACCCACUGAUCGAUGAGAUUGGAUUUGUACAUCCAUCCCAGUUUGUCAAACUGAAUGAAGAGCUAGGCAGCUCUAAAAGUGCUACCUCUGAAAUUACGGGAAACGAAAUUUCAGAAUUUUGGCUACAAGACCACAAGCUGGGCAUAUCAACGCAAAUCCUUCAUCCUUUGUAUAUAGCUGCUAGAAACACAUUUAUGGCUGCUACUAGGAAAUAUAGGAGCUCUUGCAACCAAGAUGAUCAAACUAUGGCUGGAAAUUCUUUAUGUGGAUUAUCAAAUUCAUUGAACGUUGUUGAAAGCGACGUCAUGAAGCAUAGCAGGGCUCUUUUGUUGCUGAGCUGCGAUUUUGGCACCGCUUGGAAUUCAAGGAAAUUCAUACUGUCAAAGAAACAAAAUCUCUCGAUAUAUUUGGAUGAACUUCUCUUAUCAAAGCUUGUACUUUCAUUUUUCCCCAAGAGUGAACAAGCAUGGAGCCAUAGGCGGUGGGUGAUCAAGCUGCUUGUUGAAAAAGGUCAUUCUGUAGAAGAAAUUUUGAAGAAAGAAUCUGAGCUAGUAGAAAGAAUAGCUGAGAUGUCAAAAAUGAACUAUCGUGCAUGGAAUCAUCGACAUUGGUUAGUUUCUUACAUGUCAAGAGAACAGGUGUUGUAUGAGUUAAACGAAACCAGAAAAUGGGCAGCGUUGCAUGUUGCUGACAAUUGUUGCUUCCACUAUCGUCGACGGCUUUUGCUCAUAAUUUUAGCAGAGUCAAGUUGCGCAGAAAUAAAUUCUAGUCUCACUCUCCGCAUUUAUCAAGUGUGGAAGGAAGAGCUUGAUUGGGAUGAAAUGCUGAUAAAACGAUAUAUUGGAAGAGAGGCUUUGUGGAUUCACCGUCGAUUCCUUUCGGUGUGUUGGAUGAGACAUUUCACAACCGAUCACAAAAAAUUUAAUAAAGAGGGGGGAAUAAAACUUGACUUCCCUUUCUUUAUAGAAAAUGAAUUAAAUCUCGUGAACUCCUGUUCGUUUAUCUCAAAUGAAGACUUUGAGGAUUUUCAAGCACAAGCAACAUGUUCUGGUGCAUAUCUCUUAUGGUUGAUCAAGAAUUGUCCAAAUUUAAAAGUUGAUGACAAGCUUAGAACAUACAAUUUGAAUACUCUGCUUAAAAAGGCAUGCCCAGAAAGGUAUCUCCUUUGGGACUCCUUAACUGACUCCAUCGAAAGCUCUGACUGAUACGUUUGAAAGCUCGAUCUCAACUUUGACUUCAUUCCUUUCCCAACUAUAGUAAUUCUUGCUGCAAUGUUAACUUAUAAACUGCCAUGAUAUGGCGGAUUGGUUUGAAUGAUAUCGCUGUAGAUAUCGAAGAAGCAAAACCAUGUACACUUUGGAAAAUAAAGGUUUGAGAUGGAUAGACUAAGAGAGCAUCAUUCUGGGAGAAAUGUUGUUUCUGUAAACUUAGCUGUUGAUUUUCUUUGUUGGAUGAACUAAAAAUUUCAUUCUCUCCAGAAAUAAAUAGACGAUGAUAAAUAUAAGGUAUGGGCUCUUGUUUUUUUAUUAAAAGUUUGAGUUUUGCUCUCUUUUUGACCA